AUGGCGGCUUUUGAAGGCAGUUUCCUGCCAUGCGGUGGCCAGCCCCACGUCACCAUGCCUUUCGGCCUGAAGCUCCGCCGGACACGGCGCUACAGUGUCCUGAGCAAGAACUGCUUUGUCACCCGCAUCCGCCUGCUGGACAGCAGUGUUGUGGAGUGCACUCUCUCCGUGGACAGCACCGGCCAGGAGUGCCUGGAGGCUGUGGCCCAGAGGCUGGAGCUGCGGGAGACGCACUUCUUCGGCCUCUGGUUUCUCAGCAAGAGCCAACAGGCACGGUGGGUGGAGCUGGAGAAGCCACUGAAGAAACACCUGGACAAGUUUGCCAACGAGCCCCUGCUGUUCUUCGGGGUCAUGUUCUAUGUGCCCGACGUGUCCUGGCUCCAGCAGGAGGUCACGAGGUACCAGUACUACCUGCAAGCCAAGAAGGACGUGCUGGAGGGCCGGCUGCGAUGCUCGCUGGAGCAGGCCAUCCGGCUGGCUGGCCUCGCAGUGCAGGCGGACUUCGGAGACUAUCACCAGUUUGAUUCUCAGGACUUCCUCCGGGAGUAUGUGCUGUUUCCCAUGGAUCUGGCCCUGGACGAGGCUGUUCUGGACGAGCUGACCCAGAAGGUGGCCCAAGAGCACAAGGCCCACAGUGGGAUUCCGCCGGCAGAAGCAGAGCUGAUGUACAUUAAUGAAGCAGAGCGGUUGGAUGGAUUCGGACAGGAAGUCUUCCCUGUGAAGGACAAUCAGGGCAGCAGCGUGCACCUGGGCGUCUUCUUCAUGGGUGUGUUCGUGCGGAGCCGUGUGGGGAGACAGGUGCUGGUGUACAGGUGGAGCGACAUCGGGAACAUCAGCCACAACAAGUCCACCGUCCUGGCCGAGCUGCUCCACAAGGAGGAGACGGCUCUCUUCCACACUGACGAUAUUGAACAUGCCAAGUACAUCUCGCGCUUGUUUGCUACCAGGCACAAGUUUUACAAGCAGAACAAGAUCUGCACCGAGCCGGCCAGCUCUCCGCCUCCCAUCCGAAGGCAGCCCACAUGGAGCCGCUCCUCACUGCCACGACAGCAGCCCUACAUCCUGCCCCCCGUGCAUGCCCCGUGCGGAGAGCACUGUCCGGAGAGUCACACUUCCCAAGACAGCAUCUUCCCUGGGCACGAGGACGCCCUGUACUACGCCUCGCACAACAGCUUGGACCUGAGCUACCUGGGCGGCCCUGUGGCCAACGGCAGUGUGUGCAGCGUGAACUCGCUCAGCUGCUCGCAGAGCUUCCUCCAGGCUUCACCUGUAUCCUCUAGCCUCAGCAUCCCUGGCAGCGACCCCCUGGGUGCCGACUGCAUCCCCAGCCACCGCCACAGUGCCAUCAUCGUGCCCUCAUACCGGCCCACCCCUGACUACGAGACGGUGAUGCGGCAGCUGAAACGGGGCGCUCCCCGGCCUGAUGGCCAGAGCCAGUCUCUGCGCAGCCUCCUGCAUGCCCAUGCCUACAGCCGGCCCGAGGAGCUGGUGUACAGCCAGCCCGAGAUGCGCGAGCGGGCCCCCUGCGCGCUCCCCUGUGGCCCGCGGGGGGGCUACGGGCCCUGGCAGGCAGGGCCGGGUGCCCCCAGCAACCCCCGGCACGCGGCCGUGGUGCCCAGCCAGCCGGGGACCCAUGCCAUCUCCCACACGGUGAGCACUCCAGAGCUGGCCAACGUGCAGAGACAGGCCCUGCCCAGCUACAGCCCCGCCCAGGCGCUCAAGUGCUCUCUCUUCCGGCCGCCGCCCACAUACCCCCGGCCCCGGCCGGCCACCAGCACCCCCGAUCUGGCCAGCCACCGCCACCAGUGCUACGUCAGUGGGAGCAGCCCGGACCUGGUGACCCGCAAGGUGCAGCUGUCCGUGAAGACGUUCCAGGAGGACAGCUGCCCCGUGGUGCACCAGUCACUGCAGGAGGUGAGCGCGCCGCUGUCGGCCGCCCAGCGCCGCAGCCUGCAGGCCAUGAGCGCUGCGCUCCGCGCCACGGAGGCCCUCAAGCCCCUGUGUGGGUCCCCAGCCCGCCCCAGCAGCACGCUGCGGGAGCAGGCGCCCGGCGAGGGGCCCCACUUCCACCACCAGAAGACGCUCUCUGACGCCACCAUGCUGAUCCACAGCAGCGAGGACGAGGAGGACGAGGACGAGCGGGAGGGGCCUGUGCCCACGGUGGCACCCGCCCUGGCCGCGCUGUGCGAGGAGGUGGGCUACAGUGCCCAGCUGCAGGCCGCGCUGGCCCGCAUCCCUGACAAGCCGCCCCCUGAGUACCCAGGACCCCGGAAGAGCGUGAGCAACGGGGCGCUGCGGCAGGACCCGGGGGGCUGCCGGCUGCCCGCCGCGGCUCAGGCGUGGGCACUGCGGCACGGACCCGCCAGGGCCCCUGGCGUGGCCACCCGGGCCGAUUCACUGGCUGUCGGCGGGGGGCCCGCCCUGGGCCCUUCCAUCUCGGAGCCGGACCUGAGCAGCGUGAAGGAGCGGGUCAGGAAGGAGCCGCUGAAGGAGCGGCCCGUGUCCGAGAUGUUCUCGCUGGAGGACAGCAUCGUGGAGCGGGAAGUGAUGAUCAGAAAUCUUGAGAAGCAGAAGCUGGCAGGCCUGGAGGCGCAGAAGAGGCCGCUGAUGCUGGCGGCGCUCAACGGGCUGUCGGUGGCCCGGGUCCCAGGGCGAGAGGACGGCCAGGGCAGUGCCCCUCAGGUGCCCGUGGACGAGAGGUUCAGAAGCCUGAAGAAGAGGCUGGAGGAGGGGCUGGUGCUCACGGAGUACGAGCAGAUCCCCAAGAGGAAGGCGGGCGCCGACUUCAGCACAGCCUCCCUGCCCGAGAAUGCCGAGCGCAGUCGUACCCGCGAGGUGCUGCCCUACGAGGAGAACCGCGUGGCACUCCCGCCCUCCAAAGAGAACAGCGCGGGCUACAUCAACGCCUCCCACAUCAGGGUGGUGGCUGGGGGUGCCGAGUGGCACUACAUAGCCACCCAGGGGCCCUUGCCCCACACAUGCCACGAGUUCUGGCAGAUGGUCUGGGAGCAGGGCGCCAACGUGAUCGCCAUGGUGACCGCGGAGGAGGAGGGCGGACGCACCAAGAGCCACCGAUACUGGCCCCGGCUGGGCUCCAAGCACAGUGCUGCCACCUAUGGCAAGUUCAAGGUCACCACCAAGUUCCGCACAGAUUCUGGCUGUUACGCGACCACGGGCUUGAAGGUCAAGCACCUUCUGUCCGGACAGGAAAGGACGGUGUGGCAUUUGCAGUACACUGACUGGCCGGACCAUGGCUGCCCUGAGGACGUCCAGGGGUUUCUGGCGUACCUGGAGGAGAUCCAGUCCGUGCGCCGCCACACUAACUGCCUGCUGGAGGGCCCCCAGCCCUGCCCAGCCCCCGUCGUCGUCCACUGCAGUGCCGGCGUGGGCAGGACUGGAGUGGCCAUCCUCUCCGAGCUGAUGAUCUGCUGCCUGGAACACAAUGAGCAGGUGGAGGUGCCAGCCAUGCUGCGGGCCCUGCGGGAGCAGCGGGUGUCCAUGGUGCAGACCGUCGCGCAGUACAGGUUCGUCUACCAGGUGCUCAUCCAGUUCCUGCAGAACUCCAGACUCAUCUAGCCCCGAGGCGGGGGCGUGACUGACAACAUCUGCCCCCCGAGGCGCAGACGGCCCAUCCCAGUGCCUGGAGCCCAGUGCCGGCGUGUUAUUUUAUGUGAGAUAAUUUAUUUUGACCCCCGUGGAGUCGCCUCUGUGAACUGCUGUGCGCAGUCCCCACAAUAUAUUUGUUCCC